AUUUGUUAUUCAGCUCUCAGAAAUCAACUUUCGAAAACAAAAAUGCGUUGUGGAGCUUUUUCGCUGUUGUUCCUGGUCGUCUGCCUGUGUGCAGUCAUGUUUCAGUUGGGUAACGCGAGACCUUCCGAGGAAUUCCGACCUCGUGAACGUCAGGUGAUUGCAGAACUGGCCUCAAGGAUCCUCGCAAUUACCAUGAAUUCCGGCAAUAAUUCGCCUUACGAUCAAAUUCCGAUGACAGCGUCCAAACGCAAUGCUGAGCUCAUCAACUCGCUGCUCGGGAUUCCGAAAGCCAUGAGCGAAGCCGGAAAAUAAUGAACAUUUCCGCGAAAUCCGAGGACUUGCGAAAAAAGAACAUAACCAAAGAAUUAAAAAAAAUCCAAAGAAUAUGGGUAUAAGAAGCUGACUCAAAUCGAAAACCAGAAGCUUUCCUUCAGACAUUUGUUUUCCUAAAAAUGCUGAAAGGUUCCCUACCCCAAUCUCAUCCUGCAAAAAUGCCUGGAUGAUUCUCUUUUUUUGUGUAUA